UUGAGGGUAUCUCUGAUCUCUCGCCUGCCUGCGAAUUUAGCUUGACCCUGAAGCUCAAACUACUCCUAGAGACCCACUUCCCUUCUCACUCUUUGCGAUUGAUCCAUUAUUCUGCUAAAAACUAUGUUAAGGACUGUUUUGAGUAAAAAGGUCUCUGAUUCGAGGGCUUUGCUUGCUGAGAGCUUCAAUAGGUUCUUGUCUACACUGCCUAGAAGGAAGCUAGAAGACAAGGUAGCACUGAUCACUGGAGCAGCAAGCGGUAUAGGAAAGGCCACGGCAACAAACUUCAUCAACCAUGGUGCAAAAGUCAUAAUUGCUGAUAUCCAACAGCAACUUGGCCAAGAGACAGCAAAAGAGCUAGGCGAAAAUGCUACCUUCAUAACCUGCGAUGUCACUAAAGAAUCAGAUGUAUCCAAUGCUGUUGAUUUCGCCAUUUCUGAACACAACCAACUUGACAUCAUGUACGCCAAUGCAGGGAUAGCCUGCAGAACUCCUCCAAGCAUUGUGGACCUAGACCUGACAUCAUUUGACAAGGUCAUGGACAUCAACGUUCGAGGGGUCAUGGCAGGGAUGAAGCAUGCAGCACGUGUGAUGAUCCCACGCGGUUGUGGGUCCAUUCUGUGCACAGCAAGUGUCACUGGGGUGAUGGGUGGGAUGGCACAGCACACUUACUCAGUGUCCAAGGCUGCUGUGAUAGGCAUUGUGAAGUCUGUGGCAUCAGAGCUGUGCAGGUAUGGAAUCCGUGUGAAUUGCUUAUCGCCUUUUGCUAUUCCUACUCCUUUUUGCAUAGGAGAGUUGAGUCAGAUAUAUCCAAAUUAUGAUGCCCAGCAACUUAUCCAGCUUGUUCAUAGUUUUGGUGUCUUGGAGGGAAAAAAUUGUGAGCCCGAGGAUAUUGCCAAUGCUGCACUUUAUCUAGCUUCUGAUGAUGCCAAGUAUGUUAGUGGGCAUAAUUUGGUUGUGGAUGGAGGUUUUACAUCUUUUAAGAGCUUUGUGUUACCUGCUCCAGAUCAAGUGCAGUGAAAAGUCUGCAUUGCUUAUAUAUCCAGAAGAAUGAAUAAACAUAAAAUAAUGAGCAACCCUUUCAUCUGGACGAGUAAUAAAUUCCUUUUGAAAUUCAUUCAAACAUGGCACUUGGGGCCUUCCUAGACUGAAAAUGAGAGGGUCCUAGCUCUGAUUGUGGAUAAAAAUGGCUGCAAAAUCAGGAUUGAAAGUGGUUGGUAAAUGGUAAUGGAGCAUAUAUUCUGAUGAAAGAAAAAGAACAAGAGCCAUUGUCUUCAUAAAGCAGGAGAAUCGUUGAAAUUACGGGCAAUGGUCACUCCCGAUGGAGGGAUUCCUAUGCUAAUGUCAAAUUAAGUUGCCCUCUGAUUUACACGGGAAUUUUAUUAGUGUCCAACAGGCAUGUUGUCAUCUCUAGCUCUUUGUUUAUCUCAGAGGCACAUGCUUGCUUUACUUCUAUUAUUUGUUUAAUGCGCGGCUGUGCGUAAUAUGACUUUGUGUUGCCAAGUGCUAACUUUAGACACUACUGUAUACUAUCUUUUUCUUCAUGUUCACUCCCAAUGGAGGGAUUCCUGUGCUGAUGUCAAAAUCUUCACUGGAAUAACAUUAAUAGAGUCGAAUUGCCAAGUCUA